AUGGCGAACGCAAAUCAUAAGCGUAUUCGUCCCUUCACGGUUGACCCCUACGACGAUCCACCCAAGAGACCAAGACCAGAACCUGCAUCCCCAAACUUUACAUAUCAUGGGCCAUCUCCCGACGACUUCUUUACCAGACCUCCCCUCAACAGAGCUACACCUUAUCACGGCUUCUAUCCUGACCAUUUUAGCUCGCAGUCGUCUAGACCCUGGAGUCCAACUGGCGCAACUGACGCAACUGACGCACAGCCUUUCGACUAUUCCGAAUAUCUGCCCAAUCCUCGACAGCAAAAUUCGAGGGAGAGAGACUAUGUUUUCCGUCCGCCUAUGGCCUCCCAUACUAGCCACCGACUUAGAUCAAGUACCAUGCCUUCAAGACCCAGGGAACCUAUGUCUAAUUUCCAAGACUCUUUUCAACCCCAGAAUUUCCAACAAGGCCCGGACCCUCUCAAUGCCCGUGUUGCGGAACUCGAAGCGAUUGUCAGAUCACUGAACAGAUCAUAUAAUGAUUUCAAGUUGCCCAGAGUAGCCGUAAUUCGCGACUUGCGUCGAGAUAUAGAUAAUCUAUCAAUGCUCGAAGGUCAAACCAAUGAGUUGGAGGCACGUGUACACGAAAUGUCGCGUGCUCUCCAUGAUAUGCAGGCUUCCACCGAAGCAGACAACGUUAAUCACAAAUCUACCGAUCCCAAAACCCACCAAGACGCAGCAGCCCAGGCACGAACACAAGCGACAGAGCCAGAUAAAGCAAUUGAUGAAGGCGGCGAUGAUAGUGGUGAUGACGUUAUCUUCCUAGGAGAACGGCCCCUUCAAGAUAGUGCUUUCGAUAUUCACGAUAACGAUAUCAAUCAUGAGAGUUACCAACUAGAGGCCGUUACUCGUGCCAAUUUUGUAACUUAUCUUAAGAGCCUCGACUUUCGUGCACCGUACGGGAUGGAAGAGUUUGUCAGUACGCCAGUUGCGGUGAGAGACUAUUGUCUAUGUACGCUAAACGACGGUACGGUAUACUUCGUACGUCUAGGAGCCAGCGAGAAAGGAUGGUGGAACACUGAGUAUGAGGCUUAUGAGCGAGCGCCCCUAAUGCUACCACGAUAUAAACGCGGACACCUCGAUGGCGACCAACAUUUAGAUGCGAGGCGAUUGUCUUCACUGCUGCAUUAUCGCAGCAACGUCUGUGAAGUCGAGUACCCUGUCUCGAAUAUCAUCUUCGCUCCGCCGCUCCGCUAUGCAUUACCUCUAGGAGAGAUCCAUGUAUACCAACCGCGAGUUGACAAGGCACCACCUGACCUUAUUGGUACAAAUUUCUUCUUGCUUAUGGAUGUCACCAACUCCAAGAAGUCAUUAUGGAUCGCAUAUGCAUACGAGUACUCUUUCAAUAAAAGCAACGGCCCUAAUCACUCCAAGGACUAUCAGCAUGAAGAAGGUACAGUCGAAACAGGAAAGUAUGAAUUGAACCGAAAUUCGCCUCUCUGUGCAACUUUUGGCCUUUUCGAUAUAGCAUGCAUAGCAAAUAGUCUGGAUGACUUUGUCAACCCAACCAAGGGAGGUAUACCAAACCUUCGUGGGUACCAGCAGACCACGUGUUCUCAACUCGAUCCCGUUAAAGUCCAUCAGAUGCUCCGUUCAACCGCGCGUAUUUCACAGCCUGUGUUUACGGAACCUAACCUAGACAGCUUAACUCGAACAAUCAAUCGAGGGUGGAAUAAAUAG